AUGGGUCCCAGCCGCCCUACGACCCCUGGACUAGGAGAAGACCGUAUGACUCCGCUCAUCGGCACCGUGGAAGCCCUUGUCCGGCGUGUGGAGGCGGGGGCCCGGCUGGAUCCUGAUUUUCGCCGGGGGAGAUAUUCCAACCUCGAACGCCUACCCAUGAGGACGAACCAGGCGUCCUUGGACGGAACGUGGAUCCAUGCCCUGCUGGUCAAGGAGAUCAAGGAGAUCCCACUUCACCGCUGGGCUCACUUGAUGCAUGCGACACUCCGAAUAGGUGACUAG